GUUACAGAUGCGCCGUCCCAGGAAGGUCACCUCUCGGAGCAGCAAGCAGAGUCACCCAAGGCAGAAAAUGACAACGUCUUUCUCGUCAGGGCGCAAGGAUUCCCCUUCUCCUGCACCGAAGAGGACGUGCUUACCUUUUUUGAUAGCUGUAGAAUUCGAAACGGUGAGAACGGCAUACACUUCCUCUUAAACAGGGAUGGCAGACGCAGGGGGGAUGCCUUGAUCGAACUGGAGUCGAAAGCGGAUGUCCAGAGAGCCUUGGAAAAGCACCUGAGGUACAUGGGCCCACGCUACGUGAAAGUUUUUGAAGUACACGAUAGCGAUGUGGAAGGCUUACUACAAAGUCUGCGGAAUGAGUCACAUGCCAUAAAUGAUGGAGUUGUACUACUCAGAGGCCUUCCAUUCAGCUCCACCGAGGAGGAUAUUGCAGAUUUUUUCUCAGGUUUGAAAAUAACUGACAUAGCUUUCGUUUACCGGGGAGAAAGAAGAACAGGAGAAGCUUUUGUGCAGUUUGCAGCUCCCGACAUGGCAGCUAAAGCCCUCUUACGACACAGGGAAUAUAUGGGAAGUAGAUACAUAGAAGUGUACGUAAGUAGAAAGCAUCAGAUGCAAAGGCACGUGCCUUACGACAAGCAGCUGGCGACCUACCACAAAGCGAGACGAGAAUACGAAUCUGUUUCUGAAGCAAGGGGCUUGAGCAACACGGGAGGCUCCGAUGCUGAAACAGAAAAUAAAUUGUGCAGGGAAGGAGCCGAAAGCUCUGGGCAUGUAGAAUCUGGGAACAUCUCGUCACCACUGCACUUUGUCCACAUGAGGGGUUUUCCCACCCAAGCUAGCGCCCAAGACAUAAUAAAUUUUUUUGCUCCACUGAAGCCCACAAGGAUCAUGGUAGAAUACAACGCCCACGGCGAUGCCACAGGAGAAGCGGACGUGCAUUUCGAGAGCCGCGAGGACGCAGUCGCUGCAAUGGCUAAGGAGGGGUCACAGCUGCAAACUGCGUAUCUCUCCUUGCCAUUUACAACAGAAAAAAAAUUGCAGGCGGUGUUGGGUGCCAAAGCGAACACAUUCCGUGGGUACGAGCGUAAAGAUGGAGUACGAGUGUCGCUGCUCAGUAACAAGAAUAAACUGUAUAAAAUUUAG